CCCUCUCUCUCUCUCUCUCUCUCCUUCAAACCAAACCAAAAUAAAUACCUCACCCCUCUCUCUCUCUCUCUCUCUCUCUCUCUUCCCCCCUUAUAUAUCACCAUCACGUCUCCUCUUCUCAUUUGAUCUCCCCCUCUCACUCUAGAUCUCUUCUUUAGAUCCGUUGCCUCCAUGGAAACCACCGCUCUCCUCCGCUCCUUUCACGGUGCUAUGUGGACAACUCAAUAUUCAGAGUCCUUUCCAGAGAAGCCUGUUUUGGCCCGCAUGCCCAAUGCUGCAAGUAAAAGACAUGCUUUUUCCCAGCCUUCAAUGUUUGUUGUGGGUCGAAAAGGAUCUUUCUUGCCACAUCUGAAGGCUUCUGAGACUGCUUCAGCUUUGACAUCCAAUGCAGUUACUUUGGAAAAAAGUUCAGAAAAGCCCUCAGACAAGCAAAGUGUUCCGAAGUCAACUUUUCCCAGUGGCUUUGAGGCAUUGUUAUUGGAAGUCUGCGAGGAAACCAGUGUUGCAGAGCUUAAGUUGAAGAUUGGCACCUUUGAGAUGCAUCUAAAAAGAGAUGUAGGAACUCCCAAGGCUUCAGCUCCAGCUUCUAUUCCUAUUGUCUCACCAACCACAGCACCGCCUAUUCCAAGUGAACCCAUGAAUGGAUCAGCUCCAGCUGCCCCACCAGCUGCUCCUCCCAAACCCCCUUCGGCACCAACCAGCCCAUUUGCAAAUGUUUCUUCUGCAAAGGCAUCGAAGCUUGCUGCACUCGAGGCUUCUGGAUCAAAUGCAUACAUUAUUGUGUCAUCGCCCACGGUUGGCACAUUCCGAAGGGGAAGAACACUCAAGGGGAAGAAGCAACCACCAAGUUGUAAGGAGGGUGAUGUUAUCAAGGAAGGGCAGAUUAUUGGCUUCCUGGAUCAGUUUGGCAACGAACUGCCAGUUAGAUCGGAUGUGGCUGGGGAAGUCCUUAAGGUCCUCUACAGUGAUGGAGAAGCGGUUGGGUACGGAGAUCCACUUGUUGCUGUAUUGCCUUCAUUCCACGGCAUAAAGUGAGCUUCCAUACAAUGCUAAGAGCUCUCUUCUCCCUGGUGCUCCCAAUCAUCAUCACCAAGCUUCUUAUUGCAGCUAUGCUUAAUGUGACGUGAUCAGUAACUGUUUAUUGGAACUUUUCGCUAUUUGAUUCCUUGAAGAUAAAACUGUCGGGUAUUAGGUUGAAUAGAACUGGUCUCGCCUUCGAUUUUGAAGCGAAAUUCAUUUUCUGUUAACUAUGAUUGGAUGAAAUAUUGUUUUUGGAAUAAAAACUCCCAUAGAUUUUGGUUUGGCAUUAAAUGCAGUAGGAUGAUUAUUUU